GCCAGCAGGCUGUACAGAUGGACAGAGACAUGUCUGUGUCUCUGUGGUGUGAGGAAGUGGAGGAUGACCAGACUCAGGAUCAGAGCCAGAGGGAGGCACAAGCCCAGGGCCACAACAGUGGCUCGCCUCAGCUGCGAGCCGCCUGGGACCCAACAGUGUCGGGGCAUCGAGUGAUCCAGAGGCUGCUUCACGUGGAGGAGAGAUACAUGCCCUCCAUGCUCUACAUCACCCUCAUCCACAGGGAUCCGGAGCGCAGGGAGGAGCUUGCCAAAUGGGCCCUGGAGGUGUGCUGUGAGUGUGGUUGUGAUGAGACAGUCUUCCCCCUGUCUGUCUCUCUGAUGGACAGGUUCCUGUCUGCGUCUCUGUCUAUACCGGUCUCAUUGUACUGCCUGGCUGCAGGCUGCAUCCUUAUAGCCUCGAAGCUCACAGAGUGUGACAGCGUGACCGCUGACACCCUGUGUGCGGCAGCUGAAUACAGCUUCCUGCCAUCGAACCUGUUGGAAAUGGAGCGUGUUAUCCUCGCCACCCUCCGAUGGGACACAGCGGCAGUGACUCCGCAGGAUUUUCUCCCACAUUUUCUCGCCUGUGUGGAGGAGAGAGGAGACAGCGGUGAAUCUGCAGAGGAGCAGCUCUCCACCCUGCGGCGGCACAGCGACACGCUGGCUGCCAUGUGCGUCUGCGACUCCCGGUUUCUUGGAGCCCUGCCAUCGCUUGUUGCUGCAGCAUCACUGAACUGUGCCCUACGAGGUCUGGGCAACAAGGGCCCCACUCAGCUGGCCCUUAUGAGUGAAGCAUUGGCUGAACUGUGCCAGACUGACCUGGCUGUUCUGCAGUGCUACAGUGAGAUGAUUGAAUAUGCCCUCCGCCAGCGUCUGAGGAGUGGGCUUCAGCAGGGCCCCACGGAAAAAGACGAGGAGGUGGAGACCGAAAGGCCUGGAACACCAGCUGACAUGAGAGAGAUUGACUUGUGAACACUGAAUGAAGUGUUGCAUUGAAAGUGUGAACCAAUCAAAACCCUUUAAGUUCAUCAGUCAAACUGAUAUAAAUGUAAUAUGACCUCCAAAUGCUCUGACAUUUUUUCCUCAUGUAAUUUAGUUAUUUUGUGUGUGGUUGUUAAUUUAUUUUUGUUAAUUUAUUUGUGAAAAAGUGUGUCUUCCACGUGCCAUAUUUGAUA